CAGAAGAAGCAACAAUUGCAAAGACUUUGUGGCUUGAAUGAAUUUAGGAUGUUUGAGGAACCUGUUCUUGGAAUUUGCUGAGCUUGGGCCCAGUGGCACUGAGGAGGAAGAGAAGUAGGCAGGGUCAGGUUAGAGAGGGUACGAGGCCCUGGUAAGGAGCUGGGGUCUUAUUCUGGGCCUGAUGCAAGCCAUUGGUGAUUUCAAGUUGUGGAAUAAGUUUUCUGGCUUAUGUUUUCAGAAGAUCAUUUCAGCAACUGGUAGAGAAUGGAAUGUGAGGGUUUAAGGUCAGAAGCAGGGCAGCCAGUUAGGAGGUGGUGAGGAUGCCCAGGCAAGAGGUGAUGAUAAUUUAGACUAGAAGCAGAGGAGUCAAGCUAUGUUUGAAUGUAGCUUCAACAGAAUAGGCUGCUGGAUUGGACAUAUCGAGUGAAGGAAAAACAGUUGUCAAGGAUAUCUCCUAGGUUGGGACCAGAGCCUCUGGGGCCUAGAGAGAAGUUCAGCUGAUAGCUGAAUAUCCCGGAUACAAUCAGCAAGCUCUGAUCACUUCUCUGGGUGUAUACUGUGUACACUACCCUGUGGUAGACUCUGGGGGUGAUCCAGAGAUAAAAUAUGCAAGGCACAGCUCCAGAGGAGCUUACCUUUGCAUCAGGACCUCUCCAAGGCCAAGGAGGGAUGGGCUCCAUUUUCUGAGGCUAUUUUAACGAGGAACUUCAAAAACCGUCUUAUAAACUUUCCAGUAUAUUUUUUAAACACUUAUGUUUAAUGCUUUUAACAUACACACACAGACACCUAACAACAACAGACAACAUAAGUAUUCUACUCACAUAAGAAGGGCUGGAUUUGUUUUUUGAAAAUAUAAAUUCACAGUGCCCUAUAGAAGAUGUGGUGUGGGAAUGGGCCCACAGUUAAGUUGCUUGCUUGAUGAACACGUCCUUUCGAUCCUCUUGGUAUAUCUCUGUGGUGGGAUAUGUCAGCCCACUUGGAAAAGCGUCAGGAGUCUCAGUGUGGAAUCUUCAGCGAUCAUUUGGCCCUCCUGGCUCCUUCUUUGACAGGCUCUGCAUCUACUUCCCUCAUUUAUACAUCAAAAAUUUAUUUAGUAUCUACUAUGUGCUGGGCACUAUUCUAGAUUCAUGGAUACACCGGUGAAUAAGACAGACAAGGUCCCUGGUUUUAAAGAGCUUACAUUCCAGUGACGUAGCAGAAAAUAAAUAAGCCAACAAAUAAUUAAGUGGCAGUUUCAGAAAGUGAUAUGUAAAGAAAAUAUAAUAGGAAAAUAUGGAGAAGGUGGUGGGGAGAGGAGUACAACAUUAGCUAGGGGGUCUGAGAAGGUUCCUCCACAGAGGUGGAGUUUGAACUGGGACCAAAGAACAAGAAGGAACCGGCUCUGCAGGGAGCUGGGAGGAGGUUCUUGGCAAGAUAUCAGGACUAGUGCAAAGAUCAAGGUGGGGAGGAGCUCUCCAGUUUCUGGAAGAGAAGAGAAGACCAAGCACUGGGAGGCAGGGAUUCAGCAGUCAACAAGAUGGCCGGUGCUGGCCUCCAGAAGCUAUUGGAACGAGCAGAAGGAAAUAAACCCAAGAGCAAGGAAAGUUAACUAGCACAGGGAACGAAUGGCCUGGAAGGGAGAGGUAUGGGGAGGAAAGUCGAAUCCUCUAAACGUUUUCGGGGCUUCUGUCCCCUUGUACUGGGCACCUUCCUUACCCUCUGGUGCACCUUCUGGCCUUCAACCCUAGACCCUACUGGAUUCUCUGAUUCUUGGAAACAAAGAAUUGGCAGGACAACUGAAAAUGACCAGGAGGAGGAUAUACUGGGUCCCCAGCUCUUCCGGUGGCCUCAUAAAUCUCGGCUUGGAUGUAGGUGAUGACAUGGCUUCAGGACUUAGCUACAAACCUUACACUCUGGAAGGUGGCCCCUGGACCCAGCAGGCAGGGAAUCCUGCAGCACCGGAGAAGGCGGAGGGCCUCCCUUGGGGGAAGUACUCUGCUGCCUGGAGAAACAUGAUUCCCUUCCGUCCCAAACCAAAGUUUCCUGCCCCGCAGCCCAUGGAUGAUGCUGGCCUGUUCUCCUACCUCUUGUUGUCAUGGUUGACCCCACUCAUGAUCCGAGGUUUACAGAAACGCUUAGAUGAGAACAGCAUCCCCCAGCUGUCAGUACAUGAUGCCUCAGCCAAAAAUGCCGAAAGACUUCGCCUCCUUUGGGAAGAAGAAGUCUCCCGGCGUGGGCCUGAGAAAGCCUCGGUGCUUCACAUGAUGCUGAGCUUCCAGAGAACAAGAGUUCUUUUCGCUACGCUUCUGGGCUGCUGCCUCUGUCUCUGGAGCCUGCUGGGGCCAGUGCUGAUCAUACCAAAGAUCCUAGAAUAUUCCGAAGAGCAGCCAGGGAACAUCGUCUAUGGAGUGGGACUCUGCUUUACCCUGUUUCUCAGCGAGUGUCUGAAGUCUCUGAGUCUGUGCUCCUGUUGGGUCAUAAACCAGCGCACAGCCAUCAGAUUUCAUACAGCCGUUUCCUCCUUUGCCUUUGAGAAACUAAUGCAAUUUAAGUCUCUAACACACAUCACCACGGUAGAGGCCAUCAACUUCUUCACCCGCGACACAAAAUAUCUAUUUGAAGGGAUGUACUAUGGCCCUCUGACCUUGUUCUCUGGUUUGUUCCUGAUUACCUGCAACAUCACCUCCUGCCUCGUUCUUGGACCCACUGCACUCAUUGCCACUGUUUGCUUUCUCCUGAUUUUACCAUUGGAGGUGUUCUUCAUCAGAAGGAUUGUGAAGAUACAGAAUGACACAGCUGAUGUCAGCAACCAGCGCAUUCGUGUAACCAGUGAAGUCCUCACCUACAUUAAGCUGAUUAAAAUGUACACGUGGGAGAAACCAUUUGCCAAAAUCAUUAAAGACCUGAGAAGGAAGGAAAGAAAACUAUUGGAGGAGAGUGGUUUCCUCCAGAGCCUCACCAUGGCCACCUUUUUCAUGGCCUGCACAGUGGCCAUGACGUUGAUGUUUCUCAUCCACACGUGCUUACAGCUGAAACUCACAGCUCCGGUAGCCUUCACCACGGUGGCCACCUUGUCUCCCUUGCGGCUGUCAGUGUUGUUUGUGCCCUUCGCAAUCAAAGGCCUCACCAAUUCCAAGUCUGCAGGAGAGAGGUUCAAGAAGUUUUUCCUCCAGGAGAGCCCUGUUUUAUAUGUCCAGGCAUUGAAAGACCCCAGCAAACCAUUGGUUUUGGAGGAGGCCACCCUGUCCUGGCAACAGACCUGCCCCAGGAUUGUCCGUGGAGCCUUGGAGCUGGAGAGGAACAGACGUACUCCCAAGGGGACGAUAGGAGCUCAGCCACCUCUAGGUGCCCUCAGGCCACAGGACAAAGGGGACAGCCCGGCCCCAGAGUUGUACAAGAUAAACCUGGUGCUGUCAAAGGGGACCAUGUUAGGAAUCUGUGGCAACAGUGGGAGUGGCAAGAGCAGCCUGUUGUCAGCCAUCUUGGGGGAGAUGCACUUGCAGGAGGGCUUGGUGGGGGUGCAUGGAAGCCUGGCCUAUGUCCCCCAGCAGCCCUGGAUGAUCGGGGCCAGCAUCAGGGAGAACAUCCUCAUGGGAGUCCAGUACGACAAGGCCCGGUACCUCCAGGUGCUCCACUGCUGCUCCCUGAACCGGGACCUGGAAAUUCUGCCCUUUGGAGACAUGACGGAGAUUGGGGAGCGGGGCCUCAACCUCUCCGGGGGACAGAAGCAGAGGAUCAGCCUGGCCCGUGCUGUCUACGCCGAUCGCGAUGUCUACCUGCUGGAUGACCCCAUGUCAGCCUUGGAUAACCACGUGGCGAAGCACGUCUUUGAAGAGUGCAUUCAGAAGAUGCUCAGGGGAAAGUCUGUGGUCCUGGUGACCCACCAAAUGCAGUAUUUAGAGUUUUGUGACGAGAUCAUUUUGCUAGAAGAUGGGAAAAUCUGUGAAAAAGGAAUUCACAGUGAGUUAAUACAGAAAAAGGGGCCAUAUGCCCAACUCAUCCAGAAGAUGCCCAGGGAAGCCACACAGGUGAUUUCUACCCAACCCCACCCGCAUUCCCCACAGGGAGGAGCACUCCCUGCACCUGGGGCGUGUGCUUCCUCCCAGGACGUGCUACAGGACCCAGCAAGGAGGGCACAAGAGCCUCAGGUGGAAGGUCAGGCCCGGACCACCUUUCAGGAAGAGCCUCUCCCGGACGAUGCUGUGCUGGAAAAUCAGCUCACAAAGAAGGAGAAGAUGGAAGAAGGGUCCCUGAGAUGGAGUGUCUACCACCACUACAUCCAGGCAGCUGGAGGUUACUUGGUCUCUGUCAUGGUUUUCCUUCUCAUGUUGGUGUUCAUCUUCCUCACGACAUUCAACAUGUGGUGGCUGAAGCAUUGGUUGGAGCAGGGCUCAGGGGCCAAUAGCAGCCAAGAGAGCAACAGGACCCCUGCAGACCCGGGUGACAUCCUGGAGAACCCUCAGCUGCCCUUUUACCAACUGGUGUACGGCCUCAGCACCCUGGCUGUAAUCUGCGUUGGGAUUGGUUGCUCGAAGGCUUUCACCAAGGUCACAAGAAAGGCAUCCACAGCCCUGCACAACCAGCUUUUCCACAAGGUUUCCCGCUAUCCCAUGAGUUUCUUUGACACGACCCCAAGAGGCCGACUCCUAAACUGCUUUGUUGGGGAUUUGGAUAUGCUGGACCAAUUCUUUCCUUCUGUUGCUGAACACUUCCUGCUUCUGAUUUUGCUGAUAAUCUCCACCCUGCUGAUUGUCAGUGUGCUGUCUCCAUAUGUCCUGCUGUUAGGAGCCAUAAUAGCCAUCGUUGGCUUCGUUUAUUGUAUGAUGUUCAAGAGGGCCAUCACUGUGUUCAAGAGACUGGAGACCUACAGCCGCUCCCCUUUAUUAUCCCACAUUCUCACCUCUCUGCAUGGCCUGAGCUCCAUCCAUGUCUAUGGAAAAACUGAAGACUUCAUCAACGAGUUUAAAAGGCUGACUGAUACGCACAACAACUACCUGCUGAUGUUUCUGUCUUCCAUCCGAUGGGCGGCAUUGAGGCUGGAGCUCAUUACCAACCUGAUGACCCUGGCUGUGGCCUUGUUUGUGGCCUUUGGCAUUUCCUCUGCCCCCUAUUCCUCUAAAGCCAUGGCUCUCAGCCUCGUCCUGCAGCUGACGGUCAACUUCCAGGCCAUCACCCGGGUUGGUUCAGAGACAGAGUCGUGCUUCACAGCUGUGGAGAAGUCGCUGCAGUACAUGAAGAUGUGUGCCCCUGAGGCUCCUUUACACACAGAAGGCGGGAGCUGUCCCCACGGGUGGCCACAGCGUGGAGAAAUCACUUUCCAGGAUUAUCAGAUGAAAUACAGAGACAACACACCCAUUGUCCUCAAUGGCAUCAACCUCACGAUUCACGGCCAAGAAGUGGUGGGCAUCGUGGGCAGAACCGGCUCUGGGAAGUCGUCCUUGGGGGUGGCUCUCUUCCGCCUGGUGGAGCCAGCGGCAGGCCGGAUUCUCAUCGAUGGUGUGGACAUCUGCAGCAUAGGCCUGGAGGACCUGCGGUCCAAGGUCUCCAUUAUCCCUCAAGAUCCCGUCCUGUUCUCAGGAACCAUCAGGUUCAACCUGGAUCCCUUUGACUGCUACACAGACAAGCAGAUCUGGGAUGUCUUGGAGAGGACAUUCCUGAGCAAGACAAUCUCAAAGUUCCCUCAAAGGCUGCAAGCAGAAGUUGUGGAAAACGGUGAAAACUUCUCUGUCGGGGAGAGGCAGCUACUCUGCAUUGCUCGAGCCCUCCUCCGCAACUCCAAGAUUAUCCUAAUUGAUGAAGCCACAGCCUCCAUUGACAUGCAGACUGACACCCUGAUCCAGCGCACAAUCCGUGAAGCCUUCCAGGGCUGCACAGUGCUGGUCAUCGCACACCGCAUCCCCACUGUCCUCAACUGCGACCGCAUCCUGGUCAUGAGGGACGGGAAGGUUGCAGAGUUUGACAGGCCUGAGGUCCUGCAGAAGCAGCCUGGGUCCAUGUUUGCAGCCCUGCUGGGAACAGCCAGUUCUUCAUCGAGCAAAGGAGAAAUGGGAACUUCAGCGGGGGAGGCUGGUGGCCGAGUUCCCCAAGGUUCACCCAGAGUGCAACAAUAAGGCCUGUAAUCUGUGACCUUCUGGGCAGAGAUGGCUCCUGACACCAGGGCUGAAAUGGGUGAGGGUGCUGACGAUGGGGUGGAGAAGGAGGCUGAGGGAGCAGAACCUGGAAUAGGCCACUCCAUAGCUCCCCAAACCUGAGAACCCCAGCACGUUUGAGACCAUGUGGUCAAAUCAUCGCGUUCUCUUUUCAACUGAUAUGCUGACUAAUUUCACAAUAAUGUAAAAGCUUAUUGUAGUUUUCUGAUCUGUGUUAAAAGUGUUCAAAUGAUGUUUGAUUCUGUCAAGAAAUAAGAGUAAGAAAAAGUCACAUUCUCUGCCCUGUUUCGAUGUUAGCUGGUACUCAUUCAGCCACAGGGAACAAAAACUCCCUCAACCUGGCUUCUAGAAAAAGGCUCAUGCAACAGAAAGAUCCAGAAAAAGUUCUGGGUUGAGUGCCAAUAUCAGCAGCACGUCUGCCUUGUGGACUCUGCCUCUCUUCUCUCAGCUCUACCCUCCUUUGUCUGUCUUCACUCCUGGCCUUCUCUCCUCACGGUGGCAGCCUGGCUGCCAGCAGCUCUGGACUGGCCUCCUACCGGCUCAGCAUCCCCGGUCUUCUUCCCACCCUCCUCGAUUCCAGCAGAGCCCCAGGCCUAAAUCUCAUCAGCAGACGUGGGUCAUGCGCUCCCCCCUGAGCCAACCACACGCCAAGCAGCUGGAAUCCAGCAACUGGACAGGCCACGGUCACAAGCCCACAUCCGGGCCGCGGAUGAGUCAGCUGCCCUGACGAACUGAGAAUGGAGGGGGUCGUUUCUCCAAAGAAUAUUGGGAUGGUCUUACUACAUGAAGGAGGGAUGGACAAUGGAUGCUGGGCAGGCCCAAACGUUAGCUGUCUUCCAUAUGUUUGUUUCCUGAUUAGGAGCAUAGAUGGUGAAAUAAAGCGUUAACAUAUGCCAA